AGACCGUAUCGCUGAAUUGUUGAUCUUUUUGGCAUAAACUGAGAAUUUGGUGUUUUGGAGCACUCUUUUGUGGAGAACUUCGUAGUUUUAAAGACGUAAAUUCACUUUCUACGUUGUGGAGAAACAAUGGGUGUUGAAGUUGAAACAAUAAAACAAGGAGAUGGAGUGAAUCGACCAAAGAAAGGACAAACAUGUGUUAUACAUUAUGUAGGGAAACUAACGUCCAAUGGCAAGAUCAUUGAUCAGUCUAUUGUACGCCAGCCUCACAAAUUCACACUAGGAAGCGGUCAGGUUGUGAGAGGGAUGGAUGAAGGUAUUGCUCAGAUGAGUUUGGGAGAGAAGGCUAAAUUGAAGUGCUCACCUGACUAUGGCUAUGGUAAAAUGGGUUAUCCGGGAGUAUAUCCUUUUGUAUAAAAAUGACCGAUAUUAAUGAAGCAUUUUAUACCAAAUAUUAAUAUUACAUGUAUGAUAAAAGGUUAUAAAUAUUAAAGUGGAGUAGUAUGGUUGUUCAAGCAGGUUCAGAUUUAAUAUUUAGAUAUAAAAUAUAACAAUAUGAGAUCAUCUGUCAAGGUCAAAGGUCAAUCUAGGUCAUUAAAUUCAAAUUCCUGUAUUAAAGUCAAACAAAUUCAACAAAUCUUGUAUAGUAUAGAUCAAUCAAAUGAAGUUAAAAUGCAAUAUGAAAUUAAAGUCAGAGGUCUUUAGAGAUCAAUGAACUUCAACUUUGUUGUAUUAUCAACAUAAAAAAAUUGAACCAAAAUGCUAAGAUUUUGAAUUGUUUAAAUUGUAAAUUCUUAUGAAAAUAGACAUGGUUUUGAUCUUUUGAGGAGUAGAAUUUCAGUUCAGUGAUCAAGAUCAAUAAACCAAUACAGAUGAAAAUGCAAUAUUUUGUAUUGAUUAAAAAAUUAGUCAGUCUAUUCAAUGAAACUUUAACAAGAUGGUAAUUGGAUAUAAGAAAUCAUGAAAUAUCGAAUUGAAUAGCACUACAAAAUCCAGGUCAAAGGUCAAAAGUAAUUAAUUUGCAUGAAGUGUGUAAUGAGUAUCAAAUCAAUAAUAUGCCCUUGCAUAACAUUCAUUGAAACUUUAUUAAAGGACAAGUCCACCCCAACAAAAGUUGAUUUGAAUAAAAAGAGAAAAAUCCAACAAUCAUAACACUGAAAAUUUCAUCAAAAUCGGAUGUAAAAUAAGAAAGUUAUGACAUUUUAAAGUUUCGCUUAAUUUCACAAAACAGUUAUAUGCACAUCCUGGCUGGUAUGCAAAUGAGGAGACUAUGACGUCAUCCACUCACUAUUUCUUUUGUAUUUUAUUACAUGAAAUAUGAAAUAUUCUUAUUUUUUCCUCAUUGUCAAGUGAUACAACGAUUAAUUCCUCCCUGAACAUGUGGCAUUAGCAUUGUUUAAUACUAUAUGUUUCAGUCAAGUUGGUCCUAAUUGUCAAAUCUAUAAAAAAUGAAAUAUUGUAUAAUUCAAACAAUAAUAAACAAAAGAAAUAGUGAGUGAUGGACAUCAUCGACUGACUCACCUAGUUGUGCAUAUCACUGUUUUGUGAAAAAUAAGCGAAACUUUAAAAUUUAAAAUGUCAUAACUUUCUUAUUUUACAUCCGAUUUUGAUGAAAUUUUCAGCACUAUGCUAGUUUGAUUUUUCUCUUUUUAUUCAAGUCAGCAGUUUCCUGGGGUAGACUUGACCUUUAACAUUGAAUAGUUGAAUUAGUUUUCGUCAGGAUAAUAUACUUCCCUGUUUAGACAAAAUACAAAUAAGAAGUGAAAUUGAAGGCGAGGAUAACUGCAGGUCUACAAGAAGGGAUGAAACUUAAACUAGGCUUAGAAUUUAGUAUAAAAAAUAUUUAUCACAGCGGUAUCAAAUAACAUAAGGGUUGACCAGAAAAAUUGUUUACCAUUGACUGAUACUUGAACUGUGUAAUAAAUCUUAUUAUCUGUCUUAGUCUUACCCCCACACGCUCUUUAGGUUUGUUUCCAAUUCCAUUUCUGCUGAGGCUAGACUCUAUACACUUUGCCUUUUAUACUAUAGCCUAGUAAUAAUUUACGUACUUUAUUUUGAAGAUUUUCAUUCUUUUUUUUAAUUGUUGUGUCACACUCUUACUUACAAAAUUCUUAUACGUAACAAUUUGUAUUUUUGUUAUUUUGAUGGCUUUGAAUGUGACAUAAAUAAAGCGAUAAUGAAAUGAAAAAAAAAAUAUUCCUUGACAUCUGAGCACUAUACCAGGUAAUGCAGAGCUGACCUUUGAAGUUGAGCUGUUGAAAAUAGAGUGAUUCUCUGUGGAAUGGAAUACAAUAUUUAUGACUAUGAUACCAUCCUAUCUCAAUAUUUGCCAUCCAGCAGAAGUACAAGUCAGGGAAAGUUCUUCUUUUUUCAUCAAUACUAUGUACAGUGUAGCACCUGAAUAUUCAUAUAUGCAACUGCAAGGAUAAUGACUAACCGGUGAAAUGCAGCGAAGUGACCUAGUCUUGCGUCAUGUGGAAAAAGGCCAUGUUUGGAAAGGAGAUGGAAGCGCAAGAAUCACCCAAGGAAAUUCUUGGAUACAAUGUGGUCUAGCAAAAUAAGGUGGCUUCAGAGAGACAUCCGAACAGCAAAAUGCUGACUUGUUGAAAGUGUUGAUAUUUCCCACAUGGAUGUAGAAAGAAUGGCAUUCAUGAAUUUUGCAGUUAUAUUUCAAGAUUUUGAAUAGGUUUGGGGUCAUGUGGAUGAGGGUGGCCGGGUUUAUCCCACAUUUUAAUCCUUCCCAUCCGCCCGAUGCUGGUCAUCAGUGGGAGAUCUUCGUGAAGGUGGGGGCACAUCUGGCCCGUGCCCCCUCCCCUCCUGUUGAGAGCUCGAACUACCCGCCAAGAACUAAAAAUCCACUCUUAUUUUUAUUUGACUCGAUCACCAUCUCUCUUAAGAAUUUACCAAUGCACACCAUUUUCGACUCUUCUCCAAGCCUAUGUGUCGAGUCCUCUGCCUUCUAUCUACAUGUAUCAACUUCACAUCACUCACACCAGCAAGAUCCACGUUAGCUAUCUUUCACUAAAAUAGUCCACCAAAGGCUUACUUUAAAGGGCACUUUUACAAAGUGUGUUCACCCGACCCCCUGUAUUCACAUGUUCAGUCGAUCUGUGGGGCCUCUCUGAAAUGAUUUGUCUCAGUUUUCUAGGUCACAUGAAAAUUUGCAAUGCCCUCAUAUUAUGGUUUGAGGGGUUCUUGGAGUGGAGGAGGUAUUGAUAAGGGGGGGGGGGGGAUCAAAUUGGAUUUCCAAAAGGCUUGAUUAUUUAAUGGAACUGCCCUAAAAGUACAGUGAGCAUUUUGCAUUCUGGGUGAAUCUUAUGGGCUGCCUAUAAUUAGCUACACCCUUUCAAUGUUACAGUGUAUAUCAAAUUGUCAUAAAUGGAACCCCUUGCGAUACUUACUAAAUGAAGAACUCGUGGUUUAAGGUUAUAUUUUACUUUAAUACCAGUAUCGCCAAUCAGUGAUAUUCAUUUCAUGAAAAAGAGGGAUCGAAUAUAAUUGUAUCAACUUGAUAUUAGGGCAUACAUGUAGUUUGUCUUCUAAACGUGUAUUUACCUUCUUUCAACAGACUUACCUCAUUGUACCCAGAUGAGUUUCAAAUUAUUAAUAACACAAAGAUCUCAAAUUAUUUUUCACUCACCUGGCAUAGAUACAAAGAAAACCUUAGUGUUCCAUCGCACAAAGUUUAGCGAUUGAUCGUGGAACUAAUUUUCAUGAUUGAUUGAAUUUUAUCUUGAAAAUCAAUCUUUGAAAUGAUUUGACUAUCUGUUGCUACCCCUGGUAUAAAGAGACCUUGGUAUGAAAUGUCAGAUAGGAAUUAUGUAAAUGGAAUUAACAAAUAGGAAGGUAUAUUUAACUCAUUGAAUUGUGAAAACAGUCCAUUUAUGCUAGUAUGACAAGCACAAAUAAUGGAGGUUCAUUUACUGGUACCUACUCAAAAAAAGAGAGGUAGAUAUGUAUAUACACUUUUGAAAUAUGAGGUUUUAAUGUGUACAUUGAAACAAUUUUUAUUCUUUGUAUAGAUUAUGUCAUGUAAUGUACUUGAUAUCACAACUCAUGUUCAUGUUUUAAUGUUUCUGUAGUUCUUGUAAAAAUAUCCAAUAGUAUUUAUAGUAGAAAUGUUGAUCAUGUAUUUUAAAUGACCUUGAGAGAUAGUUCAUGAAGUAAUCUUCUAUCAUGUAAUAAAAUUCCAUCACU